AUGGUUGAUGUAAUAGGACACGAGUCCUUGCGAUUCUGGGAUAGGUCUGGCGCUUGCAACAGUUUAACUGGUCUUAAGCAUUUUUGGGAACAGCGGAAAGACAGGAUCCUGUUGAGCCAGGCGCUCAAAAAGGACUCCGUUCUUUUCCGAUUUGCCAGCCAAGUAAUCUAUGAUCUGAUUGAAGAAUCAUCUAGCGAAGAAGCUGCUGUCGCAGGCGACCCGCACCAGUAUGGCUACAAAGCAUCCAAGCAAAUCCAUCUCUGUUCAGACUCGAUACACUUAUUGCUACUAAAGCCGUGGGAUUUUAUUUGUAGAUUACGGAUAGGACCUACGUUUGAGCGCCAAGUAAUGAACCUCAAGUGUUUUCAAAAGAUUCCGUAUUCGACAGAGUCGCUCUUGUCGCGAAUAAUUCGUUGCUCCAAUGUCAAAUUCGGCGCUGAGCUGGUUGAAUUCGUUCUUUACCGGCCCGACCAGUCUUACUACGAGUUCGGGCUGGGACAGACGUCCGAGUGUCGAUGCCUUGGCGAGACAUGUCUAAUGAUUCAAAACUUCGACAAGGCGAAAGCAAAGCUCGACCAACGUCGAGAGUCAUACAAGAUCAAACCAUCUGAAGCUGACGCUAGACCACGACGAGUAUCAGCACCGAACAUCACUGUUGCUCCUGCUCAAAAAGUUCGUCGCCCGUCACUUAUCUCAAACGGAAUGGCACCUUUGAAGCAGUUGCUUUCUGUAAAGAAUCUUCCAGCUCGCUGCCCAACUCGAGCAGAUCCCAACGAGCGCGACGAAUCUGGCGUCACACCGCUGAUGCUUCUGUGCUAUCAUCGGAUGGUGUGCGCGCCCAUCGCCAAGAUCCUGCUGGAGGCUCACGCCGACCCCAACCUUUCUACUAAAAAAGGAAACACGGUGCUUGAUGCUCUUUUUCGACCGCGCAAUGUCGUUUCGCAGUCGUGGGACGGUGUUCAAACACUCAAGCUCCUCAUUCGCCACGGGCUCAACCGUGAAAUUUUGUCCAAAUGGAGCAUCAAAAUAAAACAUGUCCGCUACUUAUCGCCACAACAAAUAAAGAUAUUUGAAGAUAUUUUUAGACAAUCACUUCUAAUGGCUCGUGCGAUUCAUCUCAAGCGCUUUGCCAAGUUUUCCGACAAUGCAAUCAAAAUCGCCAUUAACGGACUCUACAAACACAACAACAGCGCGGGCAUUGUCGAUUUGGACUGCCAUCCGGCAACGAGGCAACUGGAAAAGUCACUAGAAUACAAUCUUAGCGGUGGAAAAAUGUCUCGUGGUAUGAUUGCUUCCCAGGUGUUUCUUUUGACGGCAGACGAUUCGAGAGUGUCUGAAGAAGAUGCGCUUGUCCUCGGUUGGGCAAUGGAAUGCUUACAGACAUGCUUUCUCGUCGUCGAUGAUGUGAUGGAUUCAUCUGUCACUCGAAGAGGAAGGCCUUGUUGGUACAAAAACCCUAACGUAGGGUUGAUGGCAAUUAACGACGCUCUCUCUAUCGAGAUGUGUGUCUAUCUUCUUUUGCGUUCCUUGCCGAGCUAUGUUCCUGUAGAAAAGCUAGUGGAGCUUUUUGAAUGGGCAACAAUCAUUACUGAAAUGGGUCAGACGUUAGACAUGCAGAAUUCCGAGUGCUCCGACGUGGAUCUUUCUCGCUUCACCGAAGAAACCUACAGUGCCAUUGUCAAAUACAAAACCUCAGUCUACUCAUUCUAUCUUCCAAUUGCGAGCGGUCUUGUAGCGGCGCGGCAGGACUCUAACUGCCCUCAGCUCAAGAAAAUCACACUUCAAAUGGGACACUACUUCCAAGCACAAGACGACUUCAUCGACUGCUUCGGUAAUCCCGAAGUCACGGGCAAAAUCGGAACUGACAUUCAAGAUAACAAGUGCAGCUGGCUUGUAGUCGAAGCAUUGAAAUAUGCGUCGCAACAGCAAAGACAACUUAUCAAAGAUAACUAUGGGCGAAAAAAUGAAGAAUGCGAGCAAAGAAUUAAAGAAUUGUACUCAGAUCUCAAUCUGGAAAAACGCUUCAGAAAUUAUGAGGAAGAAAGUUUCGGACGGAUAACCGACUCGAUCAAAAACUACAGUGGUCCUCUUGAUCCAGUCAUAUUCAGGACGAUUCUCAAGAAACUAUACAAGCGUGAAGCGUAA